CUCUUGCCCGCCUUCCUCCUCUCCCCCCUGCCCCCGCGAGGCUCUUCCUCUCCAGCUGCGCGCGGCAGGACCUGGCUUCAUCCUCCCCCCCAGAACCCACCAGAGGGGCAGUGCGGCCACGGACGUGGCCGGGUGUUGGGGCCGGGACCCCUCGGGGAGCGAGCCGGCCUCCCAUGGCGCUCGUGCCGGGACUUCUGCGCUCUGCCUUCGGCGACCCAAGUCACGGUUCUGUGGUUCUGCUCUCCGCUGAGUCCCGCACCUCGCUCUUCUCUCACGCCCCUCUCUGCGCCCUCUGGUCCACCACUUCUUCCUCUCCCCUCCCUUCCCCUCGCCCUCCGUCUGCAGCUUCUGCUCGCGCUGGGCUCUCCCUCCGUGCGCUGACAGGCCGUCUCUUUGUCUUGAUGCUCGGGGUCCGCUUCCCGCCUGCGAGGCCCCUCUCCUCUCCCCACGCAUGCUCUCCAGCACAGCCGCCCCGUCGGAGGCAGUUUCAGAGCGACAUCCAUCCUCUCUUAGAGUUCCUCCAUCCUUGCCGGGGUGGCAAGUCAGGGCCUGGCGCCCACCCUACUCAUGUCCACGCUUGCCCGGAGACCGCUGGGGAAUUAAGAAAGGAGGGUUUGUGUCAAAGACUACAGGAUUACAGCGGAGAAAGUCCUGGCCUGGGACUCUGCCCUGCUCUUCGCUUCUUCUCGUUGGGAGCUGUGGGUGAGGUGGUGUUGAAAAGAAUACGUUAUUACUGCCGCUUUGUCGCCAGACCUGGUUCUCUACACGGGGUGCCCAUGAUUCCAAGAUCAACUGGACAGGGUUCACUGUCUCCUGGGUGAGACCCAUGACACACAGGUAGGAAUGAUGAUUCAGUCUUGUGACAUACCAUGAGCAUCUGGCCUGGCCUGAGGGAAUCCAAGAAAGCCUUCCAACACAGCAUAAAGUCACUUGAUUCCUGCCUGGUCCUCCCUAUGUGGCUUGCACACUUUUGGACUAUGAUUGGUAGCAGUGGUGAUGUGACCCUGAGGAGAGCUGGCUUUGUUAGGGUGACUUUGGACUGGGCUUUCAGUACCAAACUCAGACAUGGAGCUUUGCAAGGGUAGUGGUCUCUCAGCCCUCAUGCUCUGACCAGGACCCACAUGGGCUGACCACAGGUGCCACACAAAUCUGGCCUGUCUCAGGCACAGUCAGGGAGAUGCUGAUGGUGACCCUGGAGAACACUUGGAAAGCCUGUGUUUGCAGA